UUCAGGGGGCAGUACGUCAGACGAUCCCGCUCCGACGGCAAGACCCACCUUCCUCUGUCCGUGUCUCAGUAGCAGCCUCUGACCCCAACGGACUCUCAGCCGCCUCCUGCUCUGCACACCGAGAAAAUGGCGGCGGCGGCGGCGGCGGUGCGCUGUGCUGAGCAGCUGGUUGAGAGGGAGAUGAGCGGGCGCGACGCCUCCCACGACGCCGCCCACGCGCUCCGCGUCCGGGACCUCGCGCUCUCCCUCGCCGCCGAGCAGGGCGUCUCCUCCCCCGACCGCCUCCUCAUCGUGGAACUGGCUGCUCUCCUGCACGACAUCGGUGAUUACAAGUACACCAAGGAUAAUGUGGAGGAUAUGAGCAUCGUCAAAAGGUUUCUUGAAGAGGUGGGGUUGGAGGAGGGGCAGAGGGAGGAAAUAGUGGCCAUUAUUACAGGGAUGGGAUUCAAAAACGAGGUUUCAAAUAAGCUUAAUGCGGAGCCCACUCUUGAGUUUGCAAUCGUGCAAGAUGCAGAUCGUCUGGAUGCAAUUGGUGCGAUUGGUGUUGCAAGAUGUUUUACAUAUGGAGGAAGCAAGAACAGUGCAUUGCAUGAUCCUAACGUACUUCCACGGGAUAAUUUGUCAAAGGAGAAGUAUAUGUCCAAGGAGGAGAAGCAAACAUCAAUUAAUCAUUUCCAUGAGAAACUUUUUAAGUUGAAGGACAUGAUGAAGACCGAGGCUGGGAAAAAGAGAGCAGAGAAAAGGCACAAGUUCAUGGAGAAUUUUGUGGCUGAAUUCUAUGAAGAGUGGAGUGGCAGGGCUUGAAGUUGACCAACCAGACCGUGGGCUGGGAGGGCAAGGCUUGAAGUUGGCCAACCAACUUUCACCAACUCACAUCGAUAAAAAUCCAUGGAUUACCAUCUGGUUUUACAUCACUGUUCAGGUUCCCAUGAAACUUUCCCCAAAACGCUAGAGCUCUGAAUAUAAUGAAUAAAUGACAAGACUAUUUACCAGAUAUUUCACAGAGUCCCUGGAUGUUGCCUAUGUUUUUCUUUUUCUGAUUAAAACUCUGAAAGAUUGCUCUUUGGUAAUAUAAGCAGUUCUAUCUGAUUGAGAGCACAUUUAUUUAAAAA